CUACGGUACGACAUGAUCGGCGCUGAACGAAUUCGGUCUCUCCGGAGCGACAAGCACGGCUGCGUUCGGGCGAUGGCGCGGUGAGGCCGUGCGCUUCUACUGGCACCGCGCUGAGCGCCACCCGAUUUUAUUUGGGACGCCUUGGCGAGGAACCAAGAAAGCGGCGCCGGGAGCUUCCCACGUCGCUCCUACGUCGAAAGGUUCGUGGGUUACACUUUUGGUCAUGCCUGGCGCCGGCGUGGUCCAACCAACCUCCUUCACUUCGCUCCCCGACGACCUGCGCUCGGCUGCUUGCGGUGGGGCGUUCUCGAGCCCACGUAGUAGCUCGCGCUCGCUUCAGUCAAGUCACCGGCGCAGAGGCCGAUUGAACGAGUAUCAUGCAGUUUGUUUCGGCGUGUGGCGUAUAGUGCAACCCGCGGCUUGCCGUGUUCGUGAUCCCUCCAGCGAGCAGUAAAAAGAAAGCCGCGCGCGCGAGCGAAAGAACAGGCGGGCGUCGUGAGCUGCACGGUACCGAGCGAACAUGGCGGCCGACGUAAGUGCGUUCUCCACGGCCACGGCGAGCAAGCUGCCGGUGCUAGCGGCCGACCCUGCAUGGCCGCGCUACGUGUACCCACAACUGAACAACAUGAUAGCUGACGGGGUGAAAGUGGACGGCAGCUGGGAGCUGUGCAUCCACGUCACCGACCUCAAGCUUGACCGCAAGCUGCGAGUCAAGGGAGACAUGCACAUUGGUGGCGUCAUGCUUCAGCUCGUCGAAUCACUCAAUGUGCCAACGGACUGGUCAGACCACGCUCUCUGGUGGCCCGAGCAGAACAUAUGGCUCACGCGGACAAAGUCCACGCUCGACCAGUGCGGUGUUAUGGCUGAUGCCCUGCUGCACUUCACACCCAUGCACAAGACGUUGCGCGUCCAGUUUCCCGACCUGCGCAUCAUGGACGUUCGAACGGAUUUCUCCGUCAAGACCUUCUCAUCUGUUGUCAAAGUCUGCAAAGAGCUAGGCAUCCGGCACCCCGAGGAGAUGUCCUUCUGUCGACCACUAGUGAACGAGCACCUCAAGCGCAACUAUCGUGCCGUUGGCUGCAGCCCGCGCCAGCGUCCCAAGGAAGGCACUGACAGCAUCCAGUUCAAUCGUUCAAAAGCCAAUGACAGCAACGGCUCACUUGAUGGUGCUCUCGGACCGGCCCACAACUCGUCGGUGACACACUGGAACACAUCGAGCUUCAACAAUGGGAUCCCGCCAGGCCUGAACGGGAGCUACCUGACUCCCGACAACAGCUUCAGCUCCCAGUAUGAGCUUCCCCUCGCUCAGAGCCCCAACAAGCCGCCACAGGACAUCAAGGCAGCCCUGCUCAGGCCCAAGAGUCUCGUCGAGAGGGCACGCCUCAAUGCUGGGUGGCUGGACUCGUCGCUGUCUCUGAUGGAGCAGGACGUGCGGGAGUUUGACCUGCUGCAGCUGCGUUACAAGUUCUACUCAUUCUACGACCUGAACCCGCGCAAGGAUGCUGUGCGCAUCAACCAGAUCUACGAGCAGGCACGCUGGGCCCUGCUCACUGAGGAGAUCGACUGCACCGAAGAGGAGAUGAUGCUCUUUGCUGCGCUCCAGCUCCAAGUGAACCUGCAGGCCAACAGCAGCCAGCCUGACUUCUCACAAGGCGAAGACGACAUCGAUGCUGCCCUGACCGAUCUCCAGGUGACCUUGGAAGGCAGUGCCAUCGCGAGCGAGACCUCCAACAUCACCCAAGUGCCUGAGCUGCACAGCUAUCUGCGAUUCCUCAAGCCCAAGCGAUUCACGUUGAAAGGCUUCAAGCGCAUGUUCUUCAUCUUCAAGGAGACACGCAUGUGCAUCUACAAGUCGAGGGAAGAGUACGAAGGCGGCGGAAGCCCCUCGUACGUCAUCAACCUCAAAGGCUCUGAAGUCACGCCUGAUGUGUACCUCGCCCAAGGCAAGUACGGUAUUCGUCUUGAAGUGCCUGGCCCCGAAGGAAUGACCGAAUACUGGCUCCGCUGCGAAACGGAGGACCAGUACGCCCAGUGGAUGGCUGGCUGCCGGUUGGCGGCCAAGGGAAAGACCAUGGCGGACGCCUCGUACGAGGCCGAGGUGCACUCCAUCCAGCAGUUCCUGCAGCUGCAGAGGCCUGCACCUGCCCCAGCACUGGUGCCGUCUCAGCUUGACAUUGACGUUGAGGACUUUGUCGCGCCCCGCUUCAUCAAGAAACUAAAGAGCAAACAGGCCAUUGUUCAAAGGAUUGUCGAAGCGCAUGGGAACGUCAAGGACCUCAGCCUCGUAGAUGCCAAGAUGAACUUCAUCAAGGCCUGGCAGGCGUUGCCAGAGUUUGGCAUCUCACUCUUUGUUGUACGCUUCAGUGGCAGCAAGAAAGAGGAACUCCUGGGAGUAGCCUUCAACCGGCUGAUGCGCAUGGACUUGUCAACGGGCGAUCACAUCAAAACCUGGCGCUUCAACACCAUGAUGGCUUGGAAUGUCAAUUGGGAGGUGAAGCAGAUGAACGUCCAGUUCGAGGAGGACCAGCGUGUCGCCUUCUCAUGCCUCAGUGCCGACUGCAAGACUGUGCACGAGUUCAUCGGCGGUUACAUCUUCCUCAGCAUGCGCUCCAAAGACCAGAACCAGACGCUGAAUGAGGAGCUCUUCCACAAGCUCACAGGAGGUUGGGUCUGAGUGACCACAGUCGCGGCGUGCAAGGCUGCCACAACCUCGGAAUGUGCAUUCAUCAUCAACUUGCGACAGCACAUGCAAGACUGGCAUCUUCCACGGGAGGUCGCCAUCAUUGUGGAUCCGACACAGUGCGAGAAGAUGCCGAUAACUCGCUGUUUGCAUCAGAGACUUGCGUCAUCUUAGCUGGCUGUUGUUGUCACAGUCUGCCGAGUCCAGUGGCAUUGUUGGACUCGGCAGUUUUCCUGCACAUGUUGUCGUUGAGACAAUGAGUGAUUGGUGAAGAGCUGGUUCAAGUCGGACGGACUUUUUUUUCAUCUGCUCAUGGAAGAUAAGCCUGGUGAAGUGCCAGCUGUGAAUUUUCAGUAGUCUCUUAGAAACUGUGCCCUAGCAGCAAAUUGUUGGCGUGCUGUUGGAAAGAGCUGACUCGUCGUUUUACUCAGUCAUACUUUUUAUUGAAGAAGUUAUUACAAUGUUUAAUUUUUAAUUAGAAGUGCUGCUCUAUCAAGUGGCUAGAUGUUCAAGCUUGAAAAUUGCCUUGUCCUAGGACACCUUGUGAGCAACUACGAAUAAUAUUUUAAAAGAGGACAAUAUGCCAGUCUUACAGCAAGAAUACAUUGUACUAUAGGUGGGGUUUGCUUUCAGUAGCAGAACAGGCCAACUUUCUACCAUAUAAUGCACUGUCAGGCACAGUUUCUUUCAUGCUUUUUUAUUUCCGCAGGAGCUUAGAACAAUGCACGGUAUUUUUUGGUGAAAGGUAACAUCGAGUGGGUGUGUUGCCUCUGACAGCAUGUCGUAAGCUGUGGAAAUGAAUUCUUCAUCCAACUACUACAAAGAUUUUAAGACGAUGGCUGCCAACGCAGCUGGAGCUUUUAUCACAUCACCAUGCCCCGACACUUUUCUUCUUCCAUUUCAUAGAACAUGUUUUAUGACAGCCCCCCUCCCCCCCCCCCACCUUCGACACCUCUGAAUUAUGAAAACACCACUGUCGUCACACUAGCAUGUAGUGAACACAGAACCUAACCGUCUGCACAUUCGCAAUUACUCUAGAGAGAACGACCCACACUUGGAAGGCACUUAUACUUGUGGCAAGUUUGUCACCACUGAUCGGUUGUGAUGUCAAUGUGUAAUGCAAUUGCAGUGAAUUUCGCAUCGACGAGUGUGCCAAAUUUUGGCUGAACAGCCUCAUAUUGUACAAUAGUAUCGAGAGAACCGUUACCAAUCGUGCAUUUCAGGCAACCGUCUUGUCAAAAACUGAACACGCAAGUCACCCGAAGACUUAGCUGGCCCUAGCGAUGGAGCCAAGCCUUCCACUUUCUGUAGUGUUGUUGCUGAUAGGAGAGAAGCUUGGCUAGGGCAGAUCUCUAUCAAAAAAACUGACUGCUGCUGAAAGGAAAGCAUUGAGCUACUAGAAAAUCCUGCAAUCGAAAAAACACAAUUGGAGUAAUGUUCAACUUUUGCUCCUCGUAGUAAUUCUCAGGGCUUGAAGCAUCUGUAUUUUUGUUUUGAUGACAUGUAAUUACUGCAAGAAAUGUCCUUUUAGAAAAGUCUCAGCAUUAUCGCCAGCAAGUGGCACUGUGUUUUACAAUGCAAAAGAUAUAUAUAUAUAUAUAUAUAUAUAUAUCUGCCUCCAUACAUGGUCAGACGAAAUCAAAUUCUCUUAACUAGUUGUUAAAGCUUUGUCAUAUUUACAUACAUACCCUUUAUAUAUAUACACACACAUGAAAAUGCUGUCUUGUAAUUAGUCACCUGUAAUAAUAUAGAAUGAAAAUGACAAACUUCUAGAAGCUCCCUAUAGACAACUGCAUUUAUUUGAAUAUACAAUUAAUCCUUCUUUUUUUAGUUCUGUACUGCUAUGAUUUUAGAAUAGGCUCAGUAAAGGAUGGUUACCUAUGUUUACAGAUGUAUAUAUGAUGAUUUCUUCACCCUUUUCAGCGUUAUGAUGUGCCGCCAAUGGAUUGUGCGCAUUUUUUCGCACAUCUGCAACGAACAGACUGUGCCCAUGCCAUCAAGUGCUUUUUUGCGCAUUUAUGCAAGCUUUGUAAAAAUGUGUUUGUCGAUAUUCUUGCUACUGUAGCCUGCACGGCUAUGGACACAGUGCAAUUAUAUUAAUAGUUGGUUAGCAUUUGUGUAUCUGAUGCUUUUUAGCUGCGAGGUAAGAGUGGGUUUGCUAGCAAAGGGACGACUGCUGAUCAUUUUGCGAUCAAUUUUCCUUUUUGACAAUGACGUUUGUUACACGAAAGGCUUCGUUGAAUGAUGUUUGAGCCCAAUGAUGCUUGGAACUUGUUGACUCAACAGAACUGCCAUGGUUGUUACCUGAAAUGGCACAGUUUCCAAUAAGACAGAAUUGUUUAAAGAGUGUCGUUUCAGUCGUGACAUUUUUGUGAAGUGCCUUGUGAGUGUUUUACAUAUGUUACAGUGUAACCCAAAUGAACUGACUGUCAUCUUCCUAUUUAAGAGAAUAAAGUUUUUUCCCCACAUUA